ACAUAGAAUGAAUAACCCUUUUUCACUUUUUCUUUUUUAGAUUUUUAUCAAAAUAAAAGUCUAAACGCGUUUCUUAUCAUCAUGGCCUCAUUAUGGGUCAAAAUUAGGUUAAUAACAUCAACUAUUUAUAGGAUUUUUUGACCCUUUUAACAGUUUGUGUGGUGAAAAAAUAAAAACACUAAAGAAAAAGCGUCUUCCCUAAAGAGACUGGUUUUGUUCCAGUGCGCUUAUGGAAUAAAACCAGCAAAGUGAAUGUGCGCUCUUUUCAAAAUACUUUAUGGCUUAUAUACGACGCAGUCCAAAGUCCACCAAAGUUUUUGCUGAUAAGAGGAGCCAAUAAAAGGCGCAGUGGAGCAGAGUAAACACGUCUACCUCUGCGCAGAGCGGCCCUAGUCCUGCGCAUUUACAUCAGCCUGCCCACUCAUUACCAUGUUUUAUAUGCCCCUGCUCUCAGAAAGCAUCAUGGCAAAGUAGCUCCAUCCUCCCCUCCAAACGGGAAGUGAAGCAGCUUCUCGGAACAGGUGUCAGCGGCCGAAAGCUCCCAGCUCUGGACCUGAGAGGAAGACAGGAAUCUAACUUUUUGCGCUCCCCUCCAUCCCUUGCCUUUUUUCCCCUCUUCCCGGCGCACAGCAGGCCUAUGCCGCGUUUUUAAUGUUUUCUAAAAUGGUAGCCAAGCUGACAUCUCUGCAGCAGGAGCUCCUCAGCGCCCUGCUGGACUCGGGAGUUACCAAAGACGUGCUGAUCCAGGCCCUGGACGACAUGGACCCCAGCCCGCCGAGCUUUGGAGUAAAACUGGAGAGCUUGCCGCUGUCGCCCGCCGCGGCGCAGGGCGGCAAGAUGAACGGCGCGGACGCGGACUCCAAGCCUGUUUUCCACACGCUCACUAACGGCCACGGCAAGGGCAAACUGUCCGGGGACGAGGGCUCCGAGGAUGGAGACGACUACGACACGCCGCAGAUCCUCAAGGAGCUCCAGUCGCUCAACACGGAGGAGGCCGCGGAGCAGCGCGCGGAGGUGGAGCGCAUGCUGGCAGAGGACCCAUGGCGAGCGGCUCGCAUGAUCAAAGGUUACAUGCAGCAGCACAACAUCCCCCAGCGAGAGGUGGUGGAUAUCACAGGGCUGAACCAGUCUCACCUCUCGCAGCACCUCAACAAGGGCACGCCCAUGAAAACCCAGAAGCGAGCCGCCCUCUACACCUGGUAUGUCAGGAAACAGCGGGAAAUUCUCCGACAGUUCAACCAGGCUGCAAACGGUUCAGGCGGCAGCAUGUCGGACAAAAGCAACCAGGAUCCAGCCUUCUUUUUCCCAGAGUUCAACUCCUCCGGUCAGGGCAUGGGUCAGCCCGGCGACGAGGUGGGCAGUGAACCUUCUUGCAAGAAAAUGAGACGCAACCGUUUCAAAUGGGGCCCUGCCUCCCAGCAAAUCCUGUACCAGGCCUACGAAAGGCAGAAAAACCCCAGCAAGGAGGAGAGGGAGUCACUGGUGGAGGAGUGCAACAGAGCCGAGUGUCUUCAGAGAGGCGUCUCCCCCUCCAAAGCUCAAGGUCUCGGCUCCAAUCUGGUCACAGAAGUGCGGGUUUAUAACUGGUUUGCCAACAGGCGUAAAGAGGAAGCCUUCAGGCAGAAGUUGGCCUUGGACGCCAUGGGUGCUCCGACGCACGGCAUGAGCUCGCUACUCUCCCACAGCUCCCCACAUCACCCCCAGACCAGCGCAUCACCUCCCAUGCGAUACAGCCAAGGCCCCGGCGAGGCCGCCUCCUCCACCAGCAUCAGUCACCACAGCAGCAACGCCAUGGUGACCAGCCAGUCUGUGCUUCAGCAGGUGUCUCCGGGAGGCCUGGAGCACAGCCACAGUCUGCUGUCGCCUGACGCCAAAAUGAUUUCAGGUUCAGGUGGAGGACUUCCUCCUGUCAGCACACUGACAAACAUCCACAGCUCCCAUCACAGCCACCAGCAGACGCAGAACCUUAUCAUGCCUCUCUCGGGAGUCAUGGCCAUAGCGCAGAGUUUGAACACGUCGCAGUCGCAGACGGUGCCGGUGAUUAACAGCGUGGCGGGCAGCCUUGCGGCGCUGCAGCCGGUGCAGUUUUCCCAGCAGCUCCACAGCCCCCACCAGCAGAGCCUCAUGCAGCAGUCCCCCAGCCACAUGAGCCAGCAGCCGUUCAUGGCGGCCGUCACACACUCACACAUGUACUCUCACAAACAAGAGCCGCCACAGUACUCCCACCCGUCACGGUUCCCCUCGGCCAUGGUGGUCACAGACGCCAACAGCAUCAGCACCCUGAGCUCCAUGUCCUCCAAUAAAACGGAUGCUCCUGUAAACAAGAUGGUGCAACUUGGGGGUCUCUCUUGGUGUCCUCUUCAAGCUUGGUGAGAGCGUCCACCUGACUUCCUCGCUGCCCGGCAACCAGAGCACAUUUUACCACCUUCUCACCUCAGUUACCAUGACAACUCCUAAUAGCUCGCGACAGCGGGCUCACUGAUGAGUCAGUCGACAAACACACAGGAGUGAUGACGGUGGGCAAGACGGUGCAAAUGAGAAAUGUGGACAGAGGCGGAAAAAAAAAAGGAUUCACCUUUCGCGGCACACGAAUGAUCAACGAGGAUUGCACGAAAACAGUGUUCAGCUCUCCUUAUCUGUUGUCACAAAAGGAACAAAAGCACACAAAGGAACUUUGGGGAACCUUUGUGAACACUGAUUGAAGUUGGAAACAUGACAGAGAGCCCUCCGCUGUGGUGUGUGCGUGGACUGAAAGUGUGCUAACUUGCACGUGAGCGGACUGUGUAACAAUCAGAAUAACCUUUAUUGAUCUUUUGUAUGCAUUUCUUACUGGGGCUUUAAAGGAGUCUUCCAUUUUAUUCAUUGGCACUCUGUGCUGGUGAUGCCUGUCUGAGUUCAUUUUGUAAACUGUGAUUGAAAAGACAAUCUCAAAAGGACUAUGCAAUGUGUGAGUGUAAGUAAGUGAUGUUUUGUAUGACGGGGAUCCUGCACACGACUCCACACACUUGAGGCUGGAAAUGACUAUGCACUAUCAGCUGUGUAAUAUACCCCCAGUAGAGCUGCCUGUAGGAUAAACUGAGAGCAUUUGUAUGGAUGUGUGAGUAGCAUGUCAAUGGACUGGAUUUUUUUUUUAUUUUUAUUUUUUUUAGAGAAGGGGGCACCAACACACCAGCUUUAAAAGAGGCCUUACCUUUCCAUGGAAACCUCUGACCAUUGUUUGCACACAUGUUCAGGUGAAUUUCAGGAAUGGGACUCGCCCUCCCCCUUAUCUCCCCAACUUCCUGUCACAAUGUGAAAUAGGACAAACAU